GUUUUAUUACCGGUAAACACUCGGUAUGAUUACAGACCAUAUAUACUCAGGUACUUCUUACUUACUACACCUACUACUUCGUACUCGAGAGGGAAUUGCCAGAAUCUGUCAACUUCAUCAACCAGAUAACCUACAGAGUUUGAAGCCACCACCCGACCAUGCUCGAAUUCUAAUCAGACUUCCGGCAACCUUCUUUUGGGAACCCAAAAAUUUCCAUCAAUUUUUCAGUCUCAGACGGCUCAACCCACGGUAAAGUCCUCUUUGGGGCGGCUACCAUUGGAGAUCCAAUGUCCACUUUAACCAAUGAGACCUCGAUCCAGGGGCUGCAGAUCGGCCUCUCGAGUGGGUCGUCUGCCAAAUAGGAGUUUUUCCUCAACAUAUGCCACCGUGGUGGCCAUUCCUGAUUUUUACUUUUUGAUGAUUUUGGGAGGAUGGAACGCGAUGAUCAUCUGCAGCAAUUCCAGUGUCACUGGGGCCCCGGUCGGGAAUCAGGACGGCGUUGACCGUCAACCCUCAAUUGCCAGUUGCUCGAGACAUCCAGGAAACAAAUCCAGCCAACGGGAAUAGGGACCUCUGACUUGCUGAAGGGUCCCCGCCAAGCCGCACCAUGACGCGCGGAUAUGGUAUGCCCUGGCGCCGAUCGCCAGUGAGCGGGGGCGACACGGGGGGAUGAUGACGACGGCCGCAGGUUUGACCUGGCACUGUCCAGUCCCGAGUCGGGUAAGUUCCCAGAGUCCAAAAAAGGUCCAAAAGUUGAGAAAUCGAGAAGUCUACUCGUCAGGAUGGAGUCGUCGGCAGUCUUCAGGCCUCACCCAGUGGUGGAUGGGAAUGGUUACAUUGAGUCGUGAAAUCAUCUCCCAUCUAUCCCGGACUCGCCAGCGGAACAGAAGAGAGUCGGGUGUGGUGGCUCUGGAAGGCCGAAGUGGCGGAUAAAUUAAUAAGGCGUGAUGGAUCCAUUCCAUUCCAACCCUCGUCACUUGUCACCGUGUGCCCGUCUUGGACCGCACGGCCCGAGCUUAUGUCAUCCGCCCUGGCUGAUGUAAUACUCUCUCUCUCUUCCUC